AUGCCGAGCACCAGUGCGCCAGACAGGCCAAAUACCUCAAGACAGGGAUCACUGACCGAAAUGUUCGAAAGUGUCACUCCGUAUGAACGUAAUUCAAAACGGCACGGGGAAAUCACUCGGGCAAUAACCGAGUUCAUAGCCAAAGAUAUGAUGCCUCUCAGCACGGUGACCAAGCCUGGAUUUGUGGCAUUGACAUAUACGCUUGAUAAACGGUACAAUAUACCCUCCCGUACAUACUUCAGUCAGACUGCAAUACCGGAGCUGUACAAAAAGUGUAAAGAGAAAGUCGCCGCGGAGGUUAAAACGGUGGAGUUUUUUGCUAGCACUACAGAUAUGUGGUCAAGCCGCACAGCUGAGCCUUACCAGAGUCUUACAGUCCAUUUUAUUGAUGAAGAUUUCAACCUCAGAGCUCGCUGCCUACAAACUACCUACUUCCCAGACGACCACACAGGGGAAAAUAUUGCAGCCGGGAGAGAAGGGCUUGCCAGCUGGGAUCUCCACGAGGAGAAUCACGUCUGCAUCACGAGGGACAACGCUGAUAGCCUUGGAGACCCAAACAUCCAGGAGCUUUUGGAUGUUGCCUGUUUCCUGGACCCUAGGUUCAAAAUACAGUACAUCAGUACUGACAACAUCCCUGCUAUCAAGACCCGACUGAAGACAGAGAUGGUAGACUUAGCACAGCGUACAUAUCAUCGGGAGAAGAGGUCUCGUACUGAAACUGUUCAGAUGCCUCAAAGUGCACAGCCCUUGGGGGAAAAGGCGAAGAGGUCUCUUGGCAGUUUUUUCAAGACCAGUGCAGCCUCUCCUUCUUUGCCUGUUGAAGAUGUCGCAGAGGCAGAGUUAAACAAUUACCUGAUGACUCCUACCAUUGAUGGAGAAGAUGAUCCCUUGGCUUGGUGGAGGGUGCACAAGAUCAGCUACCCACAGUUGUGCAUCAUGGCCCGCAAGUAUCUUUGUGUACCUGCCACAAGCGCUCCCUCAGAGCGUCUUUUUAGCACAGGAGGGAAUAUUGUGACUUGCACUCGCUCAUCCUUGAAGCCAGAAAAAGUCAAUAUUCUGGUUUUCUUAGCAAAAAACCUGUGAGCCACUGAGAACAAAACUGUUGGAUCAUUAUAGCUGGCAGUGCCAUACUCGUAGUG